AUGAAGGAACCAUCCUUCUCGGUUGCUGCUUCUACGGGUGUUUUCGCAGCAGCGCUGGCCGCCCUUUAUGUCAUGUUAACAGAAUCUUUGAUCCUAAUCCAUAUAGUGAGCCGCAUACAUGCGACUCAGCACAAGGAGCUGCAACAUAUCGUGAAUCGUGACUCGUGGAAUCGUCCGCCACAGGAGUUCUCCCCAAAGAAGACGGUUGCUAGCGGAACCAUGAUUGCAGGCCAGGUGCACCCGGCAGCCGGCGUCGAUCAUCAGCCCCGAAUGCAAUUGACUUUGCAGGCGGAGAGCAAACGAGCCCAUGCGGUGGACUCUACUAAGUUCCUGUCUCUGCCUCCGGACUUUCGGAGCGCGGAUGCCCUGCCCUAUCUUUCCACUAACCCAGCCACUGUGAUCGUGGUACAAUCUGGGAAUCGGGACCUGGCAGGCCGUUGUUCAGUUGGACAAGAAUUUGGCUAA